AUUACCACCUCAGUCAUCGGACGCUCCUCUGUCCGAACCGCCGUUGAAUGCUACCAUAAUUUCUAAUUACCAAACUACCCACAUCAAUCUUCAAACGCCAGCAUCUACCUGCCUUGACCUUCAUGCAUAUAUUUCCCUCGUUCUCGGUGGUAUUUCCGUCAAACAAAAAAAAAUCCCCAAAUGUCCAUGUAACGACCCCCUCUCUCUUUCUCUCUCUCCCAUUUUUCCUAAAUCCUCUCCGCGCCCUGUUCUCUCUCAUCGCCACGAUGCUGCCCACGAAAUCUCGGCGGAAAGUGGCUCCGUCCGCCGCGGAAAACGGCGACUCGGCUGAAAAGCUCGACCAGCUGCUCCUCUCCUCCGCCAUCUGCAACGGCGAGGAUGUGGGCCCCUUCGUCCGCAAGGCUUUCACUUCCGGGAAGCCCGAGACGCUGCUCCAGCACCUUCGCCACUUCUCCCGAUCCAAGGAGUCCGAAAUCGAGGAGGUCUGCAAGGCCCACUACCAAGACUUCAUCCUCGCCGUCGACGACCUUCGAUCUCUCCUCUCCGACGUCGAUUCUCUCAAGUCUUCCCUCUCCGAUUCCAACGCCAAGCUCCAGUCCGUCGGCCUCCCUCUUCUCUCCUCCCUCGACGCCUUCGUCGAAGCCCGAAACGUAUCCCGAAACGUCAACCUCGCGCUCGAAUCGGUCCGGAAUUGUAUUCGUUUGAUGGAGCUCUGCUCCCGAUCCAAUCACCAUCUCUCCAGCAGCAACUUCUACAUGGCCCUCAAGUGCGUCGACACAAUCGAGUCCGAGUUCCUGGACAAAACGCCGUCGUCUACGCUCAAGCGGAUGCUGGAGAAGAAGAUUCCAGAGAUUCGGUGGCACAUCGAACGGAAGGUCAGUAAGGAGUUCGGCGAUUGGCUGGUGGAGAUCCGCGUGGUGAGUCGGAACCUCGGUCAAUUGGCGAUCGGUCAAGCUUCGUCGGCGAGGCAGCGGGAAGAGGAUCUGAGAAUCAAGCAGCGGCAAGCUGAGGAGCAGAGCCGCCUCAGCCUCAGAGACACUGUUUACGCUUUGGAAGAGGACGACGACGACGGACUCGGCGGCGGUGGGGUUGGAGAUGAUGGUUUUAAUGGCGGAGGUGGAUUUGAUUUGACUCCCUUGUACAGAGCCUAUCAUAUACACCAGACUCUGGGGCUUGAAGACCGAUUCAAGCAAUAUUACUUCGAGAAUCGAAAGCUUCAGCUCACCUCUGACUUUCAGGUAUCUUCCAUGACUCCGUUUCUUGAAUCGCAUCAAACUUUCUUUGCGCAAAUCGCCGGAUUUUUCAUCGUGGAGGAUCGAAUUGUGAGGACCGGUGGCGGUUUGAUUUCGAAAUUGGAGGUUGAUAAUUUGUGGGAAGCUGCUGUGAGUAAAAUGUGUUCUGUUUUAGAGGAUCAGUUUUCCAGGAUGCAAACUGCUAACCAUUUGCUGUUGAUUAAGGACUAUGUGAGCUUGUUAGGUGUGACGUUGCGUCGGUAUGGAUAUUUGGUUGACCCGUUGCUUGAUGUUCUAAGCAAACACAGGGAUAAGUACCAUGAGCUGUUGUUGUCGGAUUGUCGUAAACAGAUUGCUGAAGCUCUUUCGGCUGACAAAUUCGAUCAGAUGUUGAUGAAGAGAGAAUAUGAGUAUUCCAUGAAUGUUCUUUCGUUUCAGAUACAGACGUCUGAUAUCAUACCGGCUUUUCCAUAUGUUGCACCAUUUAGUUCGACAGUGCCUGAUUGUUGCCGCAUUGUUCGGUCCUUUAUUGAGGAUUCUGUGAGUUUCAUGUCGUAUGGCGGGCAGCUUGAUUUCUUUGAUGUUGUGAAGAAGUAUUUGGAUAGGUUGUUGAGUGAGGUUUUGGAUGGGGCUCUUUUGAAGCUUAUCAGUACAUCUAUCCAUGGGGUCUCCCAGGCAAUGCAAGUAGCCGCUAAUAUGGCUGUCAUGGAGCGAGCUUGUGAUUUCUUCUUCCGACAUGCUGCUCAGCUUUCUGGAGUGCCCUUGAGAAUGGUAGAGAGGGGGCGGAGGCAGUUUCCGCUAUGCAAAGCCCGUGAUGCAGCAGAAGACACGCUCUCUGGGCUGCUUAAACAAAAAGUGGAUGGGUUCAUGACGUUGAUUGAGAAUGUGAACUGGAUGGCCGAUGAGCCUUGGCCGAAUGGGAAUGAAUAUGUGAAUGAGGUGAUCAUUUAUUUGGAAACUCUGGUUUCCACUGCUCAGCAAAUAUUGCCUCCUCAGGUUCUCAAACGAGUUUUGCAAGAUGUCCUUUCUCACAUAUCGGAGAAGAUAAUAGGGGCUUUACUUGGGGACACAGUUAAGAGGUUUACCGUACAUGCAAUUAUGGGCAUUGAUGUGGAUAUUCGAUUACUGGAAUCUUUUGCAGAUAAUCAAGCUCCUCUACUCUCAGAUGAGGAAGCAAAUCAGUUGAAAACGGCACUUACUGAGUCGAGGCAAUUAGUUAACUUACUCUUAAGCAAUCAUCCAGAGAAUUUUCUUAAUCCGGUAAUCAGGGAGAGGAGUUACAAUACCUUGGACUACAGAAAAGUAGUGCUUAUUUCAGAAAAGUUGAGGGAUCCUUCAGAGCGGCGAUUUGGAACCUUUGGUAGCCGGGGAAGCAGGCAGAACCCCCAGAAGAAAUCUCUAGAUGCAUUGAUUAAGAGACUCAAGGAUAUGGCAUAAUUUCUCAAAGGAUGAGUGUUUUGAGAGGUUAGAAGAUGCAGCAACAGCAGUAACUUUUGUCACGGGAAAAAUUAUAAAUCGCUGCCUUCUAUGUUUGUAAGUUACAAGCGCUCCUUUUCUCUUAGUUUUCCGAUAGUUGGUUAUCUACACUAGCUUACCGGUUUUUUUGACUGCGAGAUGUCUAUAGUGCUUUCAAAUUCUUGUUUCUGCUCACCAUGACUAAAAAUCUACACUGAAAAAUAGUCGUGAUAUCGAUGCUUUUUUGUUGCUUGAACUACCUUGCUUUAGUCUUUGUCUUACGAUUUUGCUGUCAUCUACCAUUUUCUAUCGGUUCUAAAUGGAACCGGAACUAUGUUGACGAUGCUAUUUUCUUUAUCGUAGAGCUCAGUUCACUGUUGUA